AUGAGUUCCUUGCUAGGAACCCCCCCCCCGCUCUGGCUCACUCUCUACCACAUCGUCACCCGCCUCCCUGACUCUCUGCGCGCAGUCAGGGAUCACUUCCUCGCUCGCUGCCCCACUGAGCUCACCAUUGCCCUCCUCGAGAAGGAACUACUUGCAGCUGAGGCGAGCAUCGUCGCUGUAGGUGCCUCUCGUGGCGACCCCCGCACCCCUUUCUUUGAGGGGUGUUCCCCUUCCCCCCUUCUUCCCUCUGUAGCCUCUGCUUCUGCUGUCGACCUCCUUGGUGCUGAGAAGGUCGGGGCUACGUCCGCUCCGAGCGGGCGCCGCAGGAACAGAGGGGGCAAGGGUGGAGGUGGCGGCGGGGGAGGCGGGGGUGGAGGCGGUGGGAGUGGAGGUGGGGCUGGAGAGGCUAGUGGCGGCAGUGGGGGUGGUGACGGCAGCGGCGGGGGCGGUGGCAGGGGCGGGGGCGGCAGCGGGGGCGGCGGUGGUCGUGGCAGCGGCAGGGGAGGGGGUGGUCGAGGAGGUGGCGGCGGCGGUGGUGGUCGUGGAGGCGCUGGCGGUGGUCUGAGCCAGCAGCACACUCCGUCGCUCCAGGAGGCCCGUGAGUGGUACUCCCAGCGCGGGGGGGCGGGUGGCUUUAGCUGCACGUACGUCAUCCGCACUGGUGACCGCACUGGUCAGACGUGUGGGAGGCCGCACCCCACGCAGCGCUGUUUCUCGCGCCUUGACGACGCUUGGCGCACUCAGUUCCCUGAUGCCACUGAGCUGCCCCGCUGGGCUGAUCUGAUGAAGAAGGGAGUUGAUAUCUGGGCUCUAGACUUUGAUGCUAUUCUCACUGCCAUGUAUGUGAUGUUUACUAGUGGAGAGGGUGCUCAGUACCUGCGUGUUCCGCCCGACCCGGGCAUUCGGACCAGUGAGGCUGCCGCUCUAGGUGCUAGUGAGACUGCCACUACAGAUACUAGCGUGUCUGCUACCUCAGGUGAUGGUGAGGCUGCUGCUCUAGGUGCUAGUGAGUCUGUGCCCCCUGGUACUGAGUCGACUGAGGCCCUGCACACCUUCACCCUGGACUCAGGUGCUUCUCGCUGUUUCUUUCGUGACCGCACUGUCCUUGAGCCGCUCGCUCGGCCAGUUGCUGUCUCCCUCGCUGACCCCUCUGGGGGUCCGGUCAUUGCGACCUCCUCCACUGUCCUUCCUUGUCCUGCGGUCCCGUCGGGCACACUGUCAGGUCUUCACCUCCCCUCGUUCUCUACGAACUUGGUGGCGGGUUGUGCGCUCCAGGACGCGGGUGUUCACCAGUUCACCCCUGCCUACGAGCGCGUGACACACUGCACGUGUGCUCGGACGGGCCGUCACCUGGCUACCUUCACUCGGCAGCCGGGGUCGGACCUGUACACACUGACCACUGAGUCCCCUCAGGUAGCUGCGUCUGCGUCUGCGUCAGGUCAGCUGUCGGCCCCCUGCUCGUGUCGCUCUCUGGCGCACGAGACCGUCCUCUGGCACCACCGACUUGGUCACCCGUCUGUGCAGCGCCUUCGGGCCAUGCACAAACGGUGCCUUGUCUCUGGUCUUCCCAGGGUUCUCCCUCCCCUCCCACCCUCGCCUGCUCCUCCCUGUCUUCCCUGUGUCGAGGGGCGGCAGCGCGCCGCUCCUCACUCCUCCUCCUUUCCCCCGACGACUGCUCCCUUGCAGACGCUCCACCUAGACGUGUGGGGCCCAGCCCGCGUCCGUGGACAGGGUCAGGAGAGGUACUUCCUGAUUGUUGUUGACGACUACUCUCGCUACACCACGGUCUUCCCCUUGCGCACCAAGGGUGAGGUCCCUGAUGUCUUGAUCCCUUGGAUCAGCAGAGCUCGUCUCCAGCUCAGCGAGCGUUUCCGCUCGGACUUUCCUGUCCUGCGUUUGCACUCUGACAGAGGUGGUGAGUUCUCCUCCGACCUCUUGGCAGCCUACUGUGCGGAGCACGGCAUUGAGCAGUCGUUCACGCUUCCGGCCUCUCCACAGCAGAAUGGGGUUGCUGAGCGCCGCAUUGGCUUGGUCAUGGAGGUCGCUCGUACCUCCCUGAUCCAUGCGGCUGCUCCCCACUUUCUGUGGCCGUUUGCGGUCCGAUACGCUGCGCAUCAGCUCAACCUCUGGCCCCGUGUCUCCUUGCCGGAGACUUCCCCGACACUGCGGUGGACGGGAGAGGUUGGCGAUGCGUCACGUUUCCGGCUCUCCUCCCGCGCUGUUCCUUGUGUCUUCCUUGGCUUUGUCCCGGACGCGCCUGGUUGGCAGUUUUACCACGUCACCUCGCGCCGGGUUCUGCCUUCUCAGGACGUCACUUUUGACGAGUCCGUCCCCUACUACCGCCUCUUCCCCUACCGCACUGCCCCGCUCCCCCCCCCGCCUCUCUUCCUCGCGCCAGGUGCUGCUGUGGUAGACCCCCUCCCCCCUCAGGGUGCCGCUCCCUCAGGUGUGUCCCAGGUAGACCCGGUUGAGCCUGUCGAGGUAGCUGUCGACUCUCGUCCUGCUAGGGGUGCUGAGCCUGAGCGUGAGGAGCCUGGCGGUGCUGAGCCUGAGGGUGCGGAGCCUGGGGGUGCUAAGCCUGGGGGUGCUGAGCCUGGGGGUGCUGAGCCUGGGGGUGCUGAGCCUGGGGGUGCGGAGCCUGGGGGUGCUGAGCCUGGGGGUGCUGAGUCUGGGGGUGCUGAGUCUAGCAGUACCGAGCCUGGGAGUGCUACACCUGGAGGAGCCCUCUCCUCACAGCAUAGUCUUCGGAGUGGCGCUCCUGGUGUUGCGGACCCUGGCGUUGGAGCUACUGCUGGUGCUGAGGACCCGGGCGGUGGAGCUGCUGCUGGUGCUGAGGACCCGGGCGUUGGAGCUGCUGCUGGUGCUGAGGACCCGGGCGGUGGAGCUGCUACUGGUGCUGAGGACCCGGGCGUUGGAGCUGCUACUGGUGCUGAGGACCCGGGCGUUGGAGCUGCUGCUGGUACUGAGGACCCGGGCGGUGGAGCUGCUACUGGUGCUGAGGACCCGGGCGUUGGAGCUGCUGUUGGUGCUGAGGACCCGGGCGUUGGAGCUGCUGCUGGUGCUGAGGAACCGGGCGUUGGAGCUGCUGCUGGUGCUGAGGACCCGGGCGGUGGAGCUGCUGCUGGUACUGAGGACCCUGACGCUGGUGUCUCUACUGGUUCUGGAGACGCUGCGCGGCCGCGACUGUACUUCGUACCGCUCCUUCAGCAGGUUCUUGGUCAGACUCCUCCUCCUUGUCCUCCUUCCUCCUUAGAGUGUCCUCCGCCUGUCCAGUUGCAGUCACAGUUACCGCCUGCCUCGCCUCUCCCUGGUCCCUCUCCUUACACUAGUCCCACAUGGGGUCUUACGGAGCGUCGUGAGCCUGAGUCUCGUCCUGCGUCGCCUGUUCGUACUGCUCGCACUGGUCGUCGUGUCCCACGUGAGCGUCCUCCCCCUGUCCCUGGCACUCACUACAUGACUCUGCGUCCCUCCACUGCUCCUCAGCGUGUCCCUCUGCCGUCUCCUCCUGCGUCCUCUCUACCUACUCUUCCUGACCCGGAGUCUGACUUCCGUCGUGCUGCCAGUCCCACUGUCACGCGUCUCCUAGCUACUGUUGUCACUGACCCUACCUUUGAGUCCUCUGCUGCGUCUGCUCUGGUCGCUGAGUUGGUUGACUUUGCUGCUCGGUGUCGUCUAGACUACGCCGCUAGCCUUGUUGCUGAGUCUGAGUCUGUCUGUCCUCUGUCCGUCGGGGGUGAGUGUGCUCUUGGCACGGACGUCCUUGAGGACAGACAGGAGGAGUUCGAAGAUGACUACUCUUCGGGUGCUGCUGCACAUAGCCGCUCAGCGCGACUACGAGCUUCACUCACUUGA